CUUCUUUUUAAUCUAAACAUCAAACUAGAGUCUCUAAAAACUCAUGAACUUUAACCUCCCUUGCUUUAUUCCUACAUACCCUAUUUAAUAAACAGCUUUUGUUUAUGUCCCAUUCUUUUAAUCUUAUCCUCAAUUCCACUGUUAGCUACAACUCUAACAAUUUUAAACAUUUGUGCCUCAAAUGGAAUCAAUCCAAAAGCCUCCUCAAGUCGAAAAUUAAGAGCACAACUAGAAAAGAAUUGAAUAACCCCAACAAAAGGAAACAGAAAAUUCUUCAUAUACAUCUGAAGCACUUGCUAUUAAAAAUGUCAAAAUCACAGAAGAUAAACCAAUAUAAGAAAAUGAAAAAAUAUUUAAAUCUUCUAAUCCCCUUAAAAAUUAAGUUUAAUUUGAGAAAGAGUCCAAGAAUAUAUAAAAGAAUUACGCUAAAGCCAUUGCUAGCUUUGUCUAUAAAAAUAAGUCAUUAGCUUCUAAAAUCUUAAACCCUACAGAAGUUGAUGAAUUUAUUUAAUUGACAAAGUUAAUAAAAAACUAAAUCUAAAAUGUUAGUCAUAUUUCCUAAUAUACAAACAAAGAGGAUUUUAUUAAGGCUUUUAGAAUUUUAGGGUAUAUAUAAAUUAUGUAAAUAUUAUUUAGAAAUUAUUUCUUAAAAACCAAAAGUAAUUCAUAUAUAUUCAACUCAAGAAUAUAAAAAAAGAAUAGCCAUCUUAGACAUAAAAAACUUAUCCACCAUAGCCUUCUAAGAUGUUGAUAUUCAAU